AUGGAGGCGAAUGGAGCGAGUCAGGAGUCCCGCAAGGAAAAUAAACAUUGUAGUGGAAGCGUAGAAAUGUGUCCUAAUGAGGGAAUAAAACAUUCUUUUAAAGAGUGUUUCUCCUUUCUACUCGAGUCGAUUGCAGAUUUUGGUUCUGAGCUAAAAAUGAAGAAUGAAGUGUUAAGCAUCUUCGUCAAUGUCAGUGCUCUCAACUUCACUGACCUAAAACCAUCACAUGUAUACGACUGUUUACAACAGUACAUGGUCAAGUUACAGUCAGUAUCAGCAAAUUUAAAGCUAAUAGUGGAUGCGGACAGCGAGUCUACCCCAACCAAUAGUGAAUUACCAGAGAAAUCCAACAAGGACUUGACGGCAACAUCUGAAGAAGAAAUAGUGGUUGACACAGUAUGCCUUCCUGCUGCAUCACAUAAAAACUCUGGCGUUCUAAAGGCCCAGGUUGAUGAUAGCAGUGUUCAGAUCAAGGCUGGCAAAGCUGAGAUUGAACGAAGGAUAUCUGCAUUUAUAGAGCGUAAACAGCUGGAGAUCAAUGAAAACAAUGUGCGGGAGUUUUGCAACGUGAUCAACUGCAAUCAGGAAAACAGUUGUGCUAGAACCGAUGCCGUCUUCACACCUUAUCCAGGUUUCAAGAGUCAUGUCAAAGUGACCCGUGUAGUGAAUACAUAUGGGCCUCAAACCCGAGCUGGGCACUCUGAACAAGGAGAUCAGCAGCAAAUCUACAGCAGAGACUGUGGAAACCCUGCCAUUGAGGAGAGACUACACAACAUAGAGGCUCAUCUGAAGCUAACAAAAGCGGGUCCUGUGCCUCAAAGUGUUUACCAGCGACUAAAGAAGGUAGAGGAUCGAAUUCUGGAACUUGAGGGUCUAUCCCCAGAGUACUUCCACUCCACAGGUUACUUACACAAGCGCCCAAAAGCUUCAGUUUCUCAGAGCUACAGCUUGUCUGAGUUGGAUGGGAAGAUCAGCGCAGUUAAAACGGCCUUGCUUAAGAGAGCGAAUGAGUUCCAGUCUAGAGAUGUGAGAGAAUUUCCAUUAUGACAUUUUGACGUCUUUUUGUCUGUCUACCUUGUAGAUUGCUUAUUGUCAUACAUUUACU